AUGGCUGCUGUAAACGCUCAGGUAAAAGAUACAAUUGAAACUUCAAAAGAUUUGGAAGCUGGGGAAAGCGAAGGAGAAAAUGAACUGAAGAGAGAAAAUGAUACACAGAGUGGCCUAAAUUUUUUUAAGAAAUAUUUCAAGCUCGAAAGUUUUAAAAAGACUUUCAGCCCAGUGAUUCAAAACAAUACUAUAACUCUCAGGAACGUUGUUGUCGCUGCUUCAACCUACGGUCUGGAAAGACUUUUGAACGCCGGAGUAUUCCACUGUCCUGACAAUGGCUAUCGACGGUAUGGAUUCGCGUUCCUAUUCGGCCCUGUUCUAAUCCUGUUCUGCAUAAACCUCCUGGUCAUCGGCGAGGUAUGGAAGCUGUCUUCCCGGAUGCACGUGAAACGCUACAGAAGACGUGGCGACUUUACCGCUGGGGUUUUACCAAGUAUCUUAAAAGCUUGUGUCGGACCGGCAGUGUGGUUGAUUGUCGCCUUUCUCGAAGAAGAUUUUUAUCUGUGUGCCACGAUUGGCCCCUCUCCACAGAAAGAGAUGAAGCAACACGAAAACGUCGUUUUGGACCGGAAGCGGAUGGUGGACGAGUGUAAGAGCCAAUCACAUUUAUGGGCAUGGGUCAUACUGAUCACGCUUGUUGCUAUCGGAACUGUAAUGAUAAUCUGGAAGCGUUGUUACCUUAAAGACAAUCUCCUCAUGGAAAGUAAGUUACUUCUGUGUAAAAAAUUGACAAGCUCUAUUUCCAAGAAAACUGAUAUACUUCCUUUUCUUCUGCAGAUCUCUAUUGGUAUGAAAGAAGAGAGGCCCUGAGCGCGCAGAUGACGUUUAAAAAACGUAUGAACGGGGAAAAGGCGUUUGAAGAAGGUCUUGGAAAAGACCCUGACCUCGACGAAGUUCCGAGAGUGACUAAACACGGUAAAAAAGAUCAUGAAAAAGUUACUCUUUAUAAAGAUGGAAUUCCAGAAAAUAUAGGAAAGAAAAAAGUGGAGGAAAUGUUUAAAGGUAAGGAAAUAGUUAACUUGGCUAACUUGUCGUCAAAGCUAUUUCGAGUGACAAGCAGGAAAAAUUAAAAUCUCUUGGUAUACCGUUUUCAGUUUGAUUUCUCUGAAGCUGAAAGAAGCAUUCACCCUUUUUACUUCAUUCAUUUUAAAGUUCUCUGGACACGCCUUGUUCUUAAACAAAAUCCUGUCACAGAGGCCGCAAAAACAUUUGCAAAAACUGCUCAUGUCAGACGAACUAAAUUAUCUCUAAGUAUAUCCUGGCCCAAAGGUGCCUCAAAAUGCUUUCAGAAUUUUCCGACAAAGAAAUGUGUAAUGAAUGGUAAAACCUAUCUUUUUUUCGUUUGUUACCUGAGAAAUAGUAUUAAAAAAUGCUUAAAAUAAGUUCUUGAGUUGUGAUCAUUUUUUUCUUUGACAAAUAAUGUGAUCCUCUUUCUAUCACAAAAUUACGCAUACCGGUCAGAGCCACCUUAAUUCUUAUAAUGAUUCAGGUGGUUCUGACCCGUAUGUAAAGAGUUUAAUAGACGUUUGACAACCCAAAUAAUUCAUUUGAAAUUGGUGAGUAUUCGUUUCACGUGUCAAAAUAAAAUCAACACGAGAAAACAAACCUAAGCGAUCCAAGACUCUUUAUGUGAAGAUUUUUCACCUAAGGAAUGGAAUGGCAAUAUCCUCGUCUCGCCUCAUGCUAACUACGGCCCUGGGUUCAUAAGUUGUGAUCAUUUUUUCUUUGACAAAUAAUGUGAUCCUCUUUUUAUCACAAAAUUACACAUACGGGUCAGAGCCACCUUAAUUCUUAUAAUGAUUCAGGUGGUUCUGACUCGUAUAUAAAGAGUUCUUUUAAAACUCCUAGAAAGUUGAAAUCGCACCGCAAUAGGCUACAAAUGGUUUCACCGUUGCACAAACGUUUGUUGACAACUUGUCAUUUGUCACUUCUCUCAGGUUACAAAAUUGGCGAAAGCGGCGAUAAAUGGCACUACAAAUCGCCUUACGAUGCCUUUAGGAAAAAUUACCCUCGUAUUUCCACAGGAUGUCCUCGCGAUCCUUGGGUAGCGGUACAGGAAAAUGUUCUCGACUCAAGAACCCAGAAGAAAAGCCGUGGCUUGAAG